CCUUUCAAGACUCACUCUCUACUUCCUUGAACAGAAGCAGAAGAUGAUCUGGACAACUGCCGCCCUGCUGGUUUCUCUGGCUUUUGCCAGGGUCAGCACUUAUCCGGGAGAAAUCACCGAUACUGAUGUUGAUAUUCCUGAGGUGAAAGCCGCUUUGAAUUUUGCCGUCGGUAAAUUCAACAAUCAGAACAAUGAUGUGUACAUCUACAAAGUGGAGAAAGUGAUCAAGGCCACCAGUCAGGUUGUUUCAGGAUUCAUGUACAGAUUUGAAGUGGAAAUGGCUAUAUCUGGCUGCAAAAUACCUACAUCUAAACUAUGUGACAAGAACAACUCAGACAACAAAAAACCAUACACUUGCGAGUUUGAGGUUUGGAGUCAGCCAUGGCUGGGCCCACCCAAGCUUAUGAAGAAUGUCUGCAAACAUUAAAUUUCACUGAAGAAGCUUCCACCCCCAGAAAGGUUUUGGAUUGCCACAUGUACUCGUAAUAACCAUUCAGUAUUUCCAUAACAUUUUUAUUCUAGUUUUCCUAUCUGUUUUCAUUUUAUUUUAUAGACACAUGCAAGGAUAAUGAGCGGUGAAUUGCUUAACGGCUGUACACACACAUAAUUGUUGAUCCUUAACCAACAGUUGUCAAUUCUAACCUGUCUGUCAUAAUAAAGAUUUUCUACA